CGGAUUGACAAAGAAAUUAUCGGUAGGUAGACGUGGUCUCAACAUAGACGAAGACCACGGAAAGCGUGGAUUUACCUUGACGCGGGUUCUACGUACGCGUACGAUGGAAAUGCUGUUAAACUAUUUUGGAGUAGGAAAACUACGGAAGUUGACAAUAGAAAUUAAGAUCCGGAUUUCACUGAUAGAGAUUACGAUGAAGGUUACUUACAGUGCAGGAAAAAAGUCCAAGACAGGAAAGAUGCCAAGGCUUAUAUAAACUCGUGAUAAUGAAAUGUUUUAGUUACAUAACCAUAAAUAGGUACCUAUUCUCAAUUGUCCGAUUAAAAACAUCGCUUAAGAUAAAAGGUUAAAAUGUCACGUGAACAUGUUAGGUGGUCACUGCAAGAAUCAAUUGUUCAUUGUAUCGUGCUGGGCUGAACGGGAUACAAAAUGAGGAUCCUUCCAUUCAUCUGUCUCCUAGUCGGGUGCUGCUUCGCCGCCCCCAGCGACUCCAAAGAGUCCAAGGCCCCUGACACCCUCAUCAUCAACAACUUCCUCAAAGAAGAAUAUGUCAUCUACACUUCCAAGCAUGAUAUUGUCAAAAUUUUCGCUCCCCUGAACCAGUUUCCCAAACACGACUUUUGGUCAGAAUGGACUACUGUUCAUGGCGACAGCAGCAGCAGUGAAGAGGCACCCGCGCACCCACGUCAACUCUUCAUUGUUGAAGCUGAUAUCAGCAACGGAAAACAAACAGAGCAAGGACUGUAUGUGUACAACAAUGGCACAGUUACUAAACUGCUCGACAACGGCAGAGAUGCCGUCGCUAACAACGAAAACGUAAUUUACUUCGGGGCUAGUGAUGGUAUUUAUAAGUACAAUGAAGCUGCUAACAAGGCUGAAAAACAUGGCUCCGUCACUGAUAACAUUGUACAAUUAGCGUUCUAUAAUUUUACAGAUUCCAUUUACUAUGUAACUUCAAAUCAUGAAGUGUUUAAGCUUAACGCUGAAGCUACUUCUAGCGAAAAAGUAUCUCAACUCAAAGAUGUGCAAUCUUUAGUUUUUGGUUUCGAUAGAAAAGCAUAUUACUACGAUUCUAAAAAGGAUGUCUACGUCUAUGAUCAUGAAAACAACGUCGCACCUAGGAAAAUUGAAGGUUUGCCGGCUAAGAUUGAUAGCAUCGCGCUAUUUUCUCCGUUAUUGGGUAUGGAAGAAGGCGCGAAUUUGCUUCUAAAUAAUGUUGUGUACUUGAUCAAACCUGACGCCACCGCUAGCAUUACUAAAUCCAGAGUGGAAGGACAACCAACUGCCUACGAACCUAAACCAACCUGUCAUCAAUUUUACGCUCAAAACAAGAAACUAUAUGAAAUAGACGUCAUGGGUCUUUUGAUGCAAAUGGGGGCUCCCGGAGUUUUCUCUGAGAAUCAUAACCAUUAAUAUUGAACAAUACAUGUUUUUGUGAAUUAAAGAUUGUCUACAGGUGUAACAGUAAACUGUAUUUCGUUAGUAAAUCUGUAAUUAUUUUA